AUGCGCUCCCUGUGUGAACAGGCAGGUGGCUUCUUGCACAGAAUCUGUGCUUCCGCAUCAGAAACUCAGCGACCUGGCUCCAAACAACCUGCAGCAUCAAACAGGCGAUCGGGGGUCACAUCGGAGCGAGUGGCCCUGCUGGUCCUCAGUGUUCUCCUGGCAGCUGCAGUCAUAGCUCUUGGUGUAACCCAAAUACUCAAUAAGAGAGAACCGUGCAAAGUGGAGCAGACACUUCAAACUCCUUCAGUAAGAGAUGAAACAUGUCCGAGGUGCGAGGACGGCUGGGAGCCACAUGGAGGAAAGUGCUACUUCUUCUCCUCCGUUACUUUAAACUGGACUCAGAGUAGAACACAAUGCAAAUCAAUGGGAGGAGACCUGGUUGUGAUAAACAACAGAGAGGAGCAGAGAUUACUGCAGACUGGAGUGAUGGGAAAAAUGAAAGAACUUGAGGACAAGUUCUGGAUCGGACUGACAGACUCAAAGAACGAGGGUGAAUGGCUUUGGGUGGACGACACACGACUGAAUACAAGUUGGCAGUUUUGGGUUGGUAAGGACCCAGACAACUGGAAUGGGACGAAUCCUGAUGGAACGACCAAUCCUGAUGGAGAGGACUGUGUGACGAUGGGGGAGAAAAAUGGAGCCACGGACCUGAAAACCUGGAACGAUAAAUCCUGCAAAUCAGUUCAAAAAAGUAUUUGUGAGAAACCAGAAAAAGCAUGAGCCUGAAUCCAGUUGGAUCAGAUUGAGCUCGAGUCCUCAGCCACUUUCACAAACUGAGGCAUGAUGCUUUAUUAAUGAAGAUCUUCUCCAGACAUAAACAACUUUGAAUAAUAUCCAGAGUCUCAUAUGUUCUUCAGUUUCCUUGUUAUUUUAAAUUGACGUCUACUCCUCCCUCCUAUCAAAUCUAUGAAUAUUAAAGAUUAUAUAUAAUA